AUGUGUGCAGAUGUUGAUUAUUUUCCUCGUUUAGUUAUGAAAGAUAAACUAUUAACAGCACAAUAUGAUAGGCGAAAUAGUUGGGCAACUUCAAUAUCAUCUUCAUCAUCGUCAACAACUACAACAUCGUGGUUAGAAAGAAAAUUGUUUAGCCAUUUUAAACGUUUUUUUCGAAGAAAAUCAAUAUCAUUAGCAUCAAAUUCAUCAUUAUCAAGCCGUCGACCGUCAUCAACUACUACAGAAGAAAUUAUUUCAUCGCCAGUUAAUGAACAACCACAACAACAACAAAAACAACAACAACAACGAGAAGAAGAAGAAGAGAAAAAUAUAAUUAAGACUGAAAAUCUAUCUUCUUCUUCUUUUUCUUCGUCGUCAUCAUCUUCUACUCCUUCGAUUACAGAAUCUUCACCAUCAAAUAAUCCUAUUGAUUUAUUAUAUGAUUAUGAUCGUCUUCUUGCUCGUUGUAUAGAACGACAAGAACAUGAUCGACCUGAAAUGAUCUUACGUUGUCAAACACCAAUAUCAAUUCCACAUGCAGAUUUAGUAGUUGGCCAAUCACGUACAACACUUAUUAAUUGGAAAUCAUAUGUACGUUUAUUUCGUGCAUUGACACGUGACCCACAUCUAUUUCAACAAUAUAUUAAUGAACAUUAUUCAUGUCAAUCAUCAAUAAAUCAACGUGAACAAUUAUCAUUUAAUAUUCGAACAACAAAAACAACAUUUGAUAAUAUUCUUAGAAAAUUUCUUGAUGAAUAUGUUACAUGUUUAAUAUGUCAAACGGCACAAACACAUUUGAUUAAAUCAGAUGGUAUAUGGAGAAUAGAAUGUCAAUUAUGUGGAAGUCAAAGAACAGUUAAACGUCUCAAAUGGAAACAUCAUCAUUAA